CUCUCUCUCUCUCUCUCUCUCUCUCUCUCUCUCUCUCUCUCUCUCCUGGGUUGGCGCACGAUAUAGUGGUAUAUAAAAGUCCUCGACGAGAGAACAUUGGAAUUUGACUCUUGUGUUGCUGGAAUCACAGAGGGAUCUUACAGCCUUGGAAUGUUAGAGUUGUCCUGCAAACAGCCGUAGAUAGACAACGAAAUGAAGGUUGCAGUACUCUUUAUCCUCAGUUGCCUGGUGUGGGUAGGCAUGGUGAAGCCUUCGUUUCCAGAGCAAGAGAAGAACCCUGCAUUCUGGUAUGAAUUGGCUCAGCGCUCAAUAAAAAAUGCCUUAAACUAUCAAGAUCUCAACAAGAACAUUGCCAAGAAUCUCAUCCUCUUUCUUGGUGAUGGUAUGGGUGUACCUACAGUGACAGCAGCACGGAUUUUAAAGGGUCAACUGAAUGGACAGAGCGGCGAGGAGGCACAGCUGGAGAUGGACAAAUUUCCCUAUGUUGCCCUCUCUAAGACAUAUAACACCAACGCUCAAGUACCAGAUAGUGCGGGCACUGCCACAGCAUUCCUGUGCGGGGUGAAGGCAAACGAGGGGACAGUAGGAGUGAGCGCAGCAUCUGUCAGAUCCCAGUGUAACACCACUCAGGGGAACGAGGUCACCUCCAUUCUUAGAUGGGCCAAAGAAGCAGGCAAAUCAGUGGGAAUUGUCACUACAACACGUGUGAACCACGCCACGCCCAGUGCAGCAUAUGCCCACAGUGUGGAUCGGGACUGGUAUUCAGAUGGGGAUAUGCCCAGCGAGGCACUGCAGGGUGGCUGCAAAGACAUUGCCCGACAACUUUUCGAAAACAUCCCUGACAUUGAUGUGAUUAUGGGGGGUGGGCGGAGAAACAUGUACCCUAAAAACAUAUCAGAUGUGGAAUACCCUACAGAAAAUAAACACAACGGUACACGCAAAGAUGGCAGGAACCUUCUUGCGGAGUGGAUUGACGGAGUGAAAGAUAAGAGAGGUAUGUAUGUAUGGAAUAAGAAGGAUCUGCUUUCCUUGAACCCAAACAAUGUGGAUUAUCUCUUAGGUCUGUUUGAGCCGGCAGAUCUUGCGUAUGAACUUGAAAGGAACAAAGACAUGGACCCUUCCCUCACUGAAAUGGUAGAUGUGGCCAUUAAGAUUCUCAGAAAAAAUGAACGUGGGUUCUACUUGCUUGUGGAAGGUGGGCGCAUUGACCAUGGACACCAUGAGGGGAAAGCAAAGCAGGCCUUACACGAGGCCGUGGAGAUGGACCGGGCCAUUACCCGAGCUGGUCUCCUCACCAGCGACUAUGACACCCUGACUGUCGUCACGGCUGACCACUCUCAUGUCUUCAGCUUUGGAGGCUACACACCACGAGGGAACUCAAUUUUCGGUUUAGCUCCCAUGGUGAGUGAUGUUGACAAUAAGCCCUUCACAUCCAUUCUGUAUGGAAAUGGCCCAGGGUUCAAGUUGGUUAAUGGUGGAAGAGAAAAUGUCUCGACUGUGGACUUUGAGCAAAAUAACUAUCAGGCACAGUCUGCUGUUCCUUUGCGCAUGGAGACUCAUGGGGGUGAGGACGUGGCCAUCUUCUCCAAAGGUCCCAUGGCCCAUCUUCUUCAUGGAGUCCAGGAGCAGCAUUACAUUCCCCAUGUCAUGGCCUACGCAGCAUGCAUUGGUCAAAAUAAAGACCACUGUCGGAAAAGCUCCGGAGCGGCCACCUCUUUCAAUCACGUCUCCCCUAUUUUGCCAGUGCUUCUCGGAGUUGCAUUGCUCGUGUGUUGACCUGUUGCUUUUUGAAUCAUCUCUCAACCUUCUGUAAUUAGAUUAGGAACUAUCCUAACUGAUUCUUUCAAGUGGAGUUUUUGAUUUUUUUAUGAAUUUGUAUUACUUUUUCUUAACAAUAUUUCUUAACAGUUUAUCAGCACUGGGACCAAUGCCUGGGCAUCAUGAAGAGCCUGAAGAGAAUACAUUCAAUAUGAGGAAUGUCUCUGAGAUUCAAUUGGAAUGAUGGAAAGAAAAAGCAGUGCAGUACAAUUUUUACUUGCCCUUUACAAGCUCACACUACACCAUUUUCGGUCGUAAAUUCUGCAAAAUCGCAUGAACAAUUUUCCUUUUUUUCUUGUGUAUAUUUACUAUGAUGGUAACAAAAGGUAAUGCAGUAAAAUGUGGACAGAUUUUGUCUUGUGAGUUAAAGUUAAAACAGACUCACAUUUACAGAGCCCCCUUAGAGGAUUGGGAGGGAAUUUAUUUACUGAAAUAGUUUGGCAUUCCUUGGUAAAUGAACCUUGGCUUUACUUUAAUAAUAGUGUAGUAACUAUGACUGUAGUAACAAUUUUUUUUUACUGUAGUAAUAUUGUAGUGACCAUGACUGUAGUAACCAUGGUUAAUUUUGUGGUUAUUACAAAUACCAUGGUUAAACUAUGGUUUCUUUCUUUCCUUCCUUUUUUUAUUUUUAUUUAUUUUUGUGUUGAAACCAUUUGGUUUGAAAAACCAUACUUAAAUUAAAAUUAAAUAUGGUGUUACUAAUAAAACUGAUGUAAUCAUGUUUUUUUGUUGUUUUGGGGACAGAAUGAUUACACUAUGUAACACAAUUUUUGUUCCUGGGUAGUAAGUGUUAUUUCCUAAUUGCUUAUGUCUCAGUGGUUUGUGUCUUUUCGUUCACAUGAAGUCAGAAAAAAACAACAUAUGAAUCCAAAAUCCUUCUUUAUCUGUGGUCCGACGAAGACAUCGGCUUUGACCUCAAACAGCUUAGGGAAGUCUUGACGGUACUUGAAGGCCUUCUAGAGCUCUGACAAAUUGAUUCAUAAGGCCCAAUUUGAUGUGCCGUGGUGGCAUCAGCACCUUCCGGGGGUCCACCAGUGGCUCCCACUUGACGUUGUUCCUCCCCACAGAGAACUUGGUUCGCUGUGGCCAGUCCCACCUGUGGUGGUGUGCCUUGGUGUCCCUGCUGUCCCAAUGGCAAAGAUAGCAGGAAACUUGGUAAAACCGCCUUGGAGACCCAUCAGGAAUGCCACCAUUCUGAAGUCUCCUAUGACCUCACAGCCAUACUCAUCAUACUUAAAGGCGUCCAGCAAGGUCUUGAUGCUGUUGUAAUCCUCUUUGAGGUGCAUCGAGUGAGCCAGGGGAAGAGACGGGUACUUGUUACCAUUAUGGACCAGCACAGCUUUGAAUAUUACUUUAGGAUAAAUACAUGUUCAUUUGGAUUCAUAUGUUGUUUUUUUCUGACUUUAUGUGAACGAAAAGACACCUUUUGGAAAAAGGUGCAUUUCAAAAUAUCACUGUCCUGGUCACAAAAGCAAAGUUUGUGGGGAAUAAUAGCCAUUUUCUAUACUUUUGAGGCAUAAGCAAUUAGGUAAUAACACUUACUACCCAGAAAAAUAAAAUAAAAAUUGUCAUACAGUGUUAUAAUUUUUACUAUCAUACUUUAUUACCAUGGUUUUUCCGGUAUUAUUGCUAUGGUUUUAAUACAAAAACCAUAGUUAAACUAUGAUUCUUUGUUUUUAUUUUUGGGGUGGUAUGGUUUUAAAAAACAUACUUGUACCACAGAUUAAAUAUGGUGUUACUAGUAAAACUGUUGUGACCAUGUUUUUUUUUUUUUUGGCAGAAUGAUUAUUAUUAACAUAUUUUAUUCCCAUGGUUUUACUGUAUUAUUACUAUGGUUUUACUACGAAUAUUAUGAUUAAAAUAUGGUUACUGUCAUAAAACCAUGGUAAAUUUUAGGGUUAUGGUUUUUCUUUUUUUAAAUCCUUAGUUGAACUAUAAUUACUGUAGUAAAACUAUGGUACAUUUUGUGGUUAUGAUUUUACUACACAUAUCAUAGUUCAACUAUGGUUACUGUUAUAAAACCAUGGUUAAUUUAUUGCAAGGGAAUGCAAACUAUUGGAGGGAACACAAGACUAUUUCAGAAAAUAAAUGCCCUCACUGUCCUCUGAGAGGUUCCGUACCCAAUACACCAUUUUUGCUCGGAAAAUGGUCAUGGUCACAUGAGCAGCUUCACUUUUCUCUCUUGUUUUUUAGUUAGUUUUGAUGUUGGUUGGGAUCAUUUUUGGUGAAAUAUCAUGUAAUUUGUGCUCUUCAUCAGCACUUGAUCAUGUAGUGUGCAUUCUGCUUCGUCAAGGGGGCCGACAACAGGAUAGAAUGUUGUGUAAUACAAACAGUACACCCUGAUAGCACACGUAUGUUGCCCAGGCGUCUAUUUGAUUUACAACCCAAUCUCAUGAAAAUUAGUAUAUAUUUUACGAGUUGGCUGUUUCGUAUGAUUUCCUAUGAUUUCGUUCAUAUAAAUUCCUACGAUUUCAUGACAUGCAAAUGCCCGGAUAUCAAAUGCGGAAGUAAGCGCGAGUUCUGUGCACAAGGACAUGCUUAUUAAUAUUAUGCCCUUACACAAACCCCUUAUCUAAACCUAACCAAUCAGUAGAGUGUGUAAACAUGACAGGAAGCUGUUGUGUGACAGAAACAAGUAAUUGUCUUGUAUUAGAUGGAAACGAUGUCCAGUGAUGUCAUUGGCUGUAGAGGAAGUCGUAUGAAUACAUACGAAUUAGCCAAAUUUAGAAAAGUCGUACGAAUCCUUACGGUUUUGCCUUGAGAGUGUGUUGUUGAUUUAUGUGUUAUCAUCUGGAAGAUGUAAUUUUGUCUAAAUCUUUCCCUGUAUGACGUAUUCAACAGAUUACAUUUGGCAGAAGUUUAUAUCCUAGGCAAUGGUGCAUUCGAGAUAUAAAUGUAUCAGUUUGUGUGUUCCCAUUGAAAUCAACUCACCAUUUUGCCAAUUAUUAGCAGCAUUCUCUUCCAGUUGAGCUACAGGAACCCUAUAAUUUCACAGCGUUUAUUUAGAUUUUGAUUUAGAGUGUAUGUGAAAUAGCUCAUUUUAAGACUUUAACCCCUGUGAUGAUCAGUUCAGUUCAAAAUUCCCAGAUAAGCAAGUCACCAAUUUAAAGUGAUUAUUAACUGUUUUGUAUUGCUAUUUAAAUUGUUGUUAGUGACUAUAAAGACUAUUCCUUUUUUACUAGUAAAGCCAUGUUUUAAACUUUGUUUGGUGGGUCUGAAAUCAAACUUCUGUAUCUAUUUUGAUCAUCAUACUGAAUGUGGUGUAUCUUUUGAAAUUUGUUGAACUCUUAUUUUUUUUAACUUCAUUUUGAAUCUGAAUGACAGUACAGAAUGUGCACUUGUUGUGUGUUCGUAUCUGUAGCAGUUUCUGAGCCUUUCAAUGAAUGUGGACAAUUCAUAUGAAUUACAUGUGAACAAUGACAAAAAUGUGGACUCAAUGUACAUUAAGGAUGUUUUCAUUUCAAGUGUAUUUUCUUUGUUUGCCAGAGUUUAUUGGCUAUUCACUUGGACCCAAAUUUAAACAGUCUGAAAGAACAGACAGAUUGCAGUAGUCAUCAAAAAUAUACAAAGUUCUGGAGACUGAGAAAAUAUUACACAAUAAAGAGAGAGAGAGUGAGAGGGGAGAAA